GGCCGAUCAUCCAGACACCCGCGUGGAAAUUGGUUCGUUCAUGAUGCUCCGUCGCAGUGGCCGUGUGGCAACGCUCGCCGCCGUUCGAUCGUUCGCGACGACCGCGGAAGAGUCGAUGCGUGCAUCGCUGCUCAAGGCUCUCGAUGCUACGCACGUCCAGGUGGACGACAUCUCUGGCGGCUGCGGCUCUAUGUACAAGAUCGAGGUCGUGUCACCGGCGUUCGAAGGCAAGUCGCGUGUGGCUCAGCAUCGGUUGGUCAACGAAGUGAUCAAGGAAGAGAUCGGUGGUAUGCAUGGCCUGACCGUGAAGACGUGGACGCCUGCGCAGUACAAGCCCGCUGCUUAAUCCCGCGGCCUAUAACAACCAGACACAUGUUGCGUAGUUGUUUAUGGCGGCGAACUAGCUAGCUAUGGAGAGUUGGCUAGGUUAAUGGUGCGCCCACUUGGCGAUCCCAGCGCUGUUGAUGAUACAAAUGUGAUCCAAGUCACGGAAAAUCUCGUUGUAGUCCAAGCAGCACCCAAUGACAAAC